UUGGUCACCUGUGGGUUAAAAAGGCAAAUAAAUAAAAAUAAACCAGGUAUUAUACUGGAAUGAAAGGUAAUAACAGUUGCAUGUAGUCCAGAUCUUAAACAGUAUUUUAUUUUGGAGUGUAUUUGUCAUUUUCACACAUCUUAAGAGAAAACUCGAGAAACGACCUGUGUGCAUUUUUAUAUCCCCAUAUAUAAGGAUAUAGCCUAUUAAUAUCCAGAUAUUAUGGAAAAAAAAAUCACAUGAUUUUGACAUUUUUGAGUAAAAAAAAGGUAAUUGGAUUAACUAACUCUGUGCACUAUCAUGUCUAUAAAGUUGAUAACCUGUGUUAUUUGUUCUUUUUAGUUUACCUUGACAUGGAUAUGAAAAUGUUUGUGGAUCCUCAGAGGAAAACACCGUUCCCUGGUCCUCUGUACCAACACGCUGUGGACCCCACCGUCUUCUACAGUGACAAAAACCUGUCAGUACCAGUCAAUCUGAUAGAGCUCGACUUUAAAUGUGAGAACAUCGGGCCAGAGAGCCGCUCGUCACCGGCGCCCAGCCCUUCGUCCCCACCCACCAACGACGGCUUCACCAAGGACCACACGCUGUUCCUCAUCGACCUGAUGCGGCAGCACGUCACAAGCGACGGCGACAGUCUGCCGCGAACCCUGCAGGACCUCAACGCGCGCCUCAAGACGGCAAAGCCCAAGAAGAAGAUGCUGUGGAGCGAGGCGGCGCAGAAGCUCGGGGAACACUUCCACCUCUGCUUCUGUCCCGAGAAGGUGGCCAGGAAGUGGAACACGCUCAUGGAGGCGUACAAGAAGGUAAAGGACAACAGCCGGACGCCAGGGAAGGCGACCACGCGCUUCCAGUUUUUGGCCGAGAUGGACGACCUGCUGGGAGUGCGGCACGACGUGGUCUUCCCCGUCAUCGGCUCGUCUGAGGGGUUGGAGGUGCGCAGGGAGGCGCUGGGGAAAAUGAGCAGCAGCAGCAGCAGCACAGCAGCAGUUUCAGAGACUUCGAGCGCCCUGACAAAGGGGUUAGGAGGAGGAACACCGCCGCCUCCGACCGCACACAUACCCCACAAACGCAGAAGGGUGGAUGACGAGGUGAUGGAGUUCCUGCAGCAAUCAGAAGCAGCGAGUCAGCGGCGCCACGAGGAGACGAUUGCACAGCUGAGGUCAGCACAGCAGGGCUUUGAGACGCUGAUGAACAAGCUGUUGGACAAACUGUGAUUUGUCGUGGUUCACUUUUCUGACUGUAAAUAACAACACAUUUUUUACACAUAUAUUAUUUUUUCUGUUUUAUAUAUAUACUUGUAUGUUUAUUGCUCUUGUUUGAUUGCAAUUAUUAAUCGAUUGCUAAAUGAUUCAAAACAUGUUUUA